AAAUUUGAGAAUCUACAAUUUUAUAUUCAGUUAUCAAGAAAAGUGAUAAAGAAAAUAAAAAUAUAUCAAAUGCAUGAACAAGAUUUUGAUUUUAUAAUCUUUAUAUUUGAUUUUUCUUGAUUUUUAAUCAUAUUAAAAUAAAUUUUCAUUUUUAAUGGUAUUUCAAAUAUGAGUAAGAGUAAAAUACAUUGAAAUUUGAGUUUUCUCUUUAUUUUCCUUUCCUUUUCUCUUUCCAAACAAAAUAUUUGAUCCAAACAGACCCUUCAAAUGAAAAUUUAUUCUAAAUGAUUAAAAAUUAAAUAACCAAACGUUAUGGAUUUGUAAACUUUAAAUUUUAUUCAUUGAUUUGGUGUAUAUAUAUAUAUAUAUUUCUCACUUUUCUUGAUAACCAAACAUGAAAUGGUAGAAUUCUUCAAUUUUCCUUUCCUUUUCUCAAUAUUUUUCAAGCUCCAAAUAGACUGUAAAUGUUUCUUUUGAAAAAGUAAAGAUUAAAAAGCAUUAUAUCAUAUAGUGAUUUUUGUUUCUAAGUGACUUAGGAAGAAAUGUGGGUGUUUGAAUCUGUUAUUCCAUUUGUCAUGCUUCCAGCCUUUUGAAUACUAAACUUUUUUGUACUAUUUUUUGUGGGCAGACGAAAAUUAAGCGGCCCAUUUCUAUACAUUUGUUCUUAGGCUGUCUCUUUAGUCUUCGGCAUUAUCUUCUAUAUACUAUUUCCCAUAGCAGUUUCAAGGGAUUGCAGACAUUUCACAUUUUGGGUUCAGUUUCUGCUUUUCUGGAUGCUUCCAUGAUCUAGCUCCUUAAGUGACCUUGUAGCAUAAAAAGGGGCAACAGAUUCAAUUUGAUAGUGUAGACCCUAGCAACAGAUAGAAAAAUUAUGCUGUGUUUGUGCAUAUAUACAUUUGGUGAUGGAGAUCCUAGCCACAGAUAGAAAAAUUAUUGUUGGGAUUAUGUCCCUAAUAUAUAUUAUCUUUGCCUUAUCGGGGAUUUGUGAGGCAAACAAUAAGAAUCCAGCUAUUUUUAUCUUUGGAGAUUCUUUGGUUGAUGCUGGAAACAAUGACUACUUUUUCACCCUCGCAAGGGUCAAUCGCCUACCCAAUGGGAUUGAUUUUGGGAGUCCAACCGGGCGAUUCACAAAUGGAAGAAUGGUUAUGGAUAUUAUAGGUCAGGAAUUGGGUCUGAAAGAUUUCAUUCCUCCUUACUUAGCUCCAACAACUGUUGGUGCAGUGGUUCUGCAGGGUGUCAACUAUGCUUCCGGUGCCAGUGGAAUUGUUAAUCACACUGGGCAUAUGUUUAUUGGCCGAAUCAACCUGGAUGCGCAGAUUGAUAACUUCGCAAAUACCAGGAAAGACAUAAUCUCAAGUGUUGGUGCUCCUGCAGCCCAGAAUCUGCUGAAUAAGGCUCUAUUCACAAUUAUAAUUGGCUCAAAUGACUUCAUUAAUAACUACUUCACGCCCUUUAUCUCAAUUGGCAAGCGAAUGUUGGUACCUCCAGAGACCUUCGUGGGCAUCUUGAUUUCAAAAUUCAGGCUACAACUUACAAGACUUUACAAAUUGGAUGCUCGAAAGAUCCUCGUGACCAACGUAGGACCUAUUGGGUGUAUCCCAUAUAUGAGGGAUACUAAUCCUUCUUCCAGAGGCAAUUGUACUGAAAAAGUCAAUAAGGUGGCCAAGUUAUACAACGCCCAGUUGAAGAGCCUCAUCAUCGAGCUUACUGCAAACCUUGGGGGAUCGAAGUUUGUUUAUGCAGAUAGUUACUACAUUGUCAAAGAUAUUAUCCAAAAUUAUGCAUCAUAUGGUUUUGAGAAUGCAAAUUCUUCGUGUUGCCAUCUCGCAGGCCGCCAUGGGGGCCUCCUCCCUUGUGUUCCUCUGUCUAAAGUUUGUCCAGACAGAUCGAAGUAUUUUUUCUGGGAUGCAUACCAUCCUUCUGAUGCUGCUAAUGUAAUCAUCUCAAAGCGUCUGAUGGAUGGAAACGACUCGAGGGACAUUUGGCCUAUGAAUAUUAGGCAACUUGUUGAUAGUUGAAACAUGAUUUGUUGAUCAAAAUAUAAAUCUCUUAAUCUGUUAAGGAGCGUUAUCCUUGAAGUGGUAUUGGAUUUUUUAUUUUUUUGGGCUGAUGAGGCACCAUUUAUUUGGUAGUGAUACAAAUUUAUUUAGUUUUGUUUCAACA